AGGCAGGGUUCAACCAUAGACCAACUGUAGAGGGCUAGAGGCAGGGUUCAACCAUAGACCAACUGUAGAGGGCUAGAGGCAGGGUUCAACCAUAGACCAACUGUAGAGGGCUAGAGGCAGGGUUCAACCAUAGACCAACUGUAGAGGGCUAGAGGCAGGGUUCAACCAUAGACCAACUGUAGAGCCUCAAGAGGUGCUGAAUGCUUCAUACUGUAAAGUGUUGUUCCAGGCCUGUAGGAUGGUGAAGAAAACUCAUCUUCCUGGACAUUGAUCAUGUAAAGGAUUGUAAUCACAGAGGUUAAAGUUCAGCGUGUCAAUGUUAGAAAACAAACCACAUGUUGUGUACCGUUUUCAGAUUUUAUUUCAACAGUCAACAUACAUCUACUGCUUAUCAGCUUCAUCCAAAUGCCCACAUUGUCUGUUGUAAAACUAGCUAUAUUCUGACACAGCAACAACAACCCCAUAACAGGCCUUCUAUCUCUCACACACGUCCACACACUGUGGGAGCUGAACCUGUCUCAGGUCUGGACCACUGGUCUCAGGUCAGGGUUCAGGUCUGGGUCAGGACCACUGGUCUCAGGUCAGGGUUCAGGUCUGGGUCAGGACCACUGGUAAUCAGGUCAGGGUUCAGGUCUGGGUCAGGACCACUGGUAAUCAGGUCAGGGUUCAGGUCUGGGUCAGGACCACUGGUCUCAGGUCAGGGUUCAGGUCUGGGUCAGGACCACUGGUCUCAGGUCAGGGUUCAGGUCUGGGUCAGGACCACUGGUCUCAGGUCAGGGUUCAGGUCUGGGUCAGGACCACUGGUCUCAGGUCAGGGUUCAGGUCUGGGUCAGGACCACUGGUCUCAGGUCAGGGUCAGGACCACUGGUCUCAGGUCAGGGUUCAGGUCUGGGUCAGGACCACUGGUCUCAGGUCAGGGUUCAGGUCUGGGUCAGGACCACUGGUCUCAGGUCAGGGUUCAGGUCUGGGUCAGGACCACUGGUCUCAGGUCAGGGUUCAGGUCAGGGUCAGGACCACUGGUCUCAGGUCAGGGUUCAUGUCAGGGUCAGGACCACUGGUCUCAGGUCAGGGUUCAGGUCAGGGUCAGGACCACUGGUCUCAGGUCAGGGUUCAGGUCUGGGUCAGGACCACUGGUAUCAGGUCAGGGUUCAGGUCUGGGUCAGGACCACUGGGUUCAGGUCAGGUCAGGACCACUGGUCUCGGGACAAGGUUCAGGUCUGGGUCAGGACCACUGGUAUCAGGUCAGGGUUCAGGUCUGGGUCAGGACCACUGGUCUCAGGUCAGGGUCAGGACCACUGGUCUCAGGACAAGGUUCAGGUCAGGGUCAGGACCACUGGUCUCAGGUCAGGGUUCAGGUCUGGGUCAGGACCACUGGUCUCAGGUCAGGGUCAGGACCACUGGUCUCAGGUCUGGGUCAGGACCACUGGUAUCAGGUCAGGGUUCAUGUCAGGGUCAGGACCACUGGUCUCAGGACAAGGUUCAGGUCUGGGUCAGGACCACUGGUCUCAGGUCAGGGUUCAGGUCUGGGUCAGGACCACUGGUCUCAGGUCAGGGUUCAGGUCUGGGUCAGGACCACUGGUCUCAGGUCAGGGUCAGGACCACUGGUCUCAGGACAAGGUUCAGGUCAGGGUCAGGACCACUGGUCUCAGGUCAGGGUUCAGGUCUGGGUCAGGACCACUGGUCUCAGGACAAGGUUCAGGUCUGGUUCAGGACCACUGGUCUCAGGUCAGGGUUCAGGUCUGGGUCAGGACCACUGGUCUCAGGUCAGGGUUCAGGUCAGGGAUGGGACCACUGGUCUCAGGUCAGGGUUCAGGUCUGGGUCAGGGCCACUGGUCUCAGGUCAGGGAUGGGACCACUGACCUCAGGACAAGGUUCAGGUCUGGGAUGGGACCACUGGUCUCAGGUCAGGGUUCAGGUCUGGGUCAGGCCACUGGUCUCAGGUCAGAAAUUAUUCAAAGCCUUUACCACAGGUAUCAGUCAUUACAUCAUUCCUUUACCACAGGUAUCAGACAUUACAUCAUUCCUUUACCACAGGUAUCAGUCAUUACAUCAUUCCUUUACCACAGGUAUCAGUCAUUACAUCAUUCCUUUACCACAGGUAUCAGUCAU